GUGCAAGAGGUUGUCAUGGGGAACAGCUGUUACAACAUGGUGGUGACUGUGCUGUUGGUGGUGGGCACUGAAAGGACAAGAGCCCUGCAGGAUUCCUGUGCCAAGUGUGAGGCGGGUACCUUCUGCGAGAAAGACAAUCCUGUGUGCACCAGCUGUCCCCCAAGCACAUACUCCAGCACGGGCGGACAGCCGCACUGCAACAUCUGCAAAGUGUGUGUAGGUUAUUUCAGGCUCAAGAAGCCUUGCUCCCCGACCAGCAAUGCAGAGUGCGAAUGCAUCGAGGGAUUCCACUGCUUGCGGCCAGAGUGUGCCAUGUGUGAAAAGGACUGCAAGCCAGGCCAAGAGCUGACAGAGCAGGGUUGUAAAAACUGUGGCUUCGGGACAUUUAACGAUCAGAAUGGGGGUGGCACCUGUCGACCGUGGACCAACUGCUCUCUAGGUGGAAAGUCUGUGCUUAAGAACGGAACCACAGAGAAAGAUGUGAUCUGUGGCCCCACGUUGGUCAGCUUCUCUCCAGGUACCUCCCCCACCGUGACUGCCCCGGUGAGAAAAUCAGAAAGAGGGAGAUCCUUGCAAAUCCUUACCUGGUUGCUGGCACUGACAUCGGCCAUGCUGCUGUUUCUACUCUGCAUCACUCUGGGGCCCAUUGCGGCCAAAUGGAGCAGCAAGAAAUUCCCCUACUUGUUCAAGCAACCACUUAAGAUGGCAGUUCGCACGGCUCAAGAGGAAGAUGCUUGUAGCUGCCGAUUUCCAGAGGAAGAAGAAGGAGGAGGAGGCUAUGAGCUAUGAGGUGACAUCUCAGAAGGCGUGGGGAUCCUCGGAAGGCAAGGAGCAGCACAAGGACCCCCCACUGUCCUCUUCUCAAACACCAUCCCAGACAAUACGUAGGCGUGA